AUGUGGCACGGAAUCAAUAACUGGAGUUUGCGCGACCUUGCAAGAGCUCUGCGCUAUCACGAUAAUCCCCAGAAGCCACUGAACAUGAAGGAUCCUGAACAGCUCGAGAAAGUGAAGCGGUACGCUCUCCAGCUACACGUCCUGGUACACAAGUACAAAGAAGCUUUCCCCGUGUACGAGGCUGCACUGAAAGUGUCGCCCCAAGACACUCAGACGCUCGUUUGCUUCGCGUUAUUACUCGUUAUUUCAUGCCGCUAUCCUGCAGCGAAGUCGUGGCAGCGUGCAUUGACACUUUUCCAACAGGCUCGCGAUCUUACAGCUAGCGAUUUAACCAGCACAUUACGUGAUAUCGAGCAACAUUUCUUCCGCUGGGCUCUUCUUCUGACGCCGAAAAACCCUCUCACCAUUGCCAACUACGCCGUGUAUCUACAGUGCGUCCAUCGCGAUAUCGACAAGGCGGAGCUUCUCUACCGUCGCGCACUGGACUUGGAUCCGACCAACGAUCUGGUCAUCACAAACUUCCAACGUCUGCAAUCCGAGCGAGCUCCAGGUCGACUGUACGCAGGCGCGGGACCAGGAGCGAUCGCGCUCGCUCAUUCCUCGGAGAUUCGCCGUUGCGGCUCUGAGCUUCAGUGGCGGGAGAUGGAAGACCCUGAGGCACAGCCGCCGAUGCCAACGCGAUUCUUCCAUAACCUUCGCACCGGAAAAUGUUCGUGGGAGGAGCCAACAGAGGAAUGA